CCCAGACCAUUUCCCGCACACCUGUCAUUUACGCGUUCUCGAACUUCCUUACCCCGGUGGAACUUUGCCUUUCCCUCUUCAUUCAAUUGGGCGUCCAUUGCAACGUUACACUUGAAAUUUGAAAAUCCCACAGAAAAUCCCCUCAAUCCUUUCUCAACAUGCGUGAAUGUAUCUCUGUUCAUAUUGGCCAAGCCGGUUGCCAGAUUGGUAACGGUUGUUGGGAGUUAUACUGCCUUGAGCAUGGCAUCCAACCCGACGGUCAGAUGCCCUCUGACAAGACCUUGGGAGGUGGCGAUGACUCGUUCAACACCUUCUUCAUGGAGACCGGUGCUGGAAAGCACGUUCCUCGGGCCGUCUUUGUGGAUUUGGAACCCUCGGUGAUUGACGAAGUCCGAACUGGAACCUACCGACAGCUCUUUCACCCCGAGCAAUUGAUCACAGGCAAGGAAGAUGCCGCCAACAACUACGCCCGCGGACAUUACACCAUCGGCAAGGAGAUUGUUGAUCUGGUUCUGGACCGAAUCCGCAAGUUGGCUGACCAAUGCACAGGCCUCCAAGGCUUCCUGAUCUUCCACUCCUUCGGCGGAGGUACCGGAUCCGGUUUCACCUCUCUGCUCAUGGAGCGUUUGUCCGUGGACUACGGUAAGAAGUCCAAGCUGGAAUUCUCCGUGUACCCUGCUCCCCAAGUGGCUACCGCUGUGGUGGAACCCUACAACUCAAUCCUGACCACUCACACCACCCUUGAGCACUCCGAUUGCGCAUUCAUGGUCGACAAUGAGGCCAUCUACGACAUCUGCCGUCGUAAUCUGGACAUUGAUCGACCUACUUACACCAACUUGAACCGACUCAUUGGUCAGAUCGUGUCCUCUAUCACGGCCUCGCUCCGUUUCGACGGUGCCUUGAACGUGGAUCUCACCGAGUUCCAGACCAAUUUGGUGCCCUACCCCAGGAUUCAUUUCCCCUUGGUCACCUAUGCUCCUGUCAUUUCUGCCGAGAAGGCCUAUCACGAGCAGCUCUCCGUGGCUGAGAUCACCAACGCCUGCUUCGAGCCCGUCAACCAAAUGGUCAAGUGCGACCCUCGUCACGGCAAGUACAUGGCCUGUUGCAUGCUCUACCGUGGAGAUGUGGUGCCCAAGGACGUAAACGCGGCCAUCGCUACCAUCAAGACCAAGCGAUCCAUCCAAUUCGUGGAUUGGUGUCCCACCGGAUUCAAGGUCGGUAUCAAUUACCAACCCCCCACCGUGGUUCCCGGUGGCGAUCUGGCCAAGGUUCCCCGUGCCGUGUGCAUGUUGAGCAACACCACUGCCAUAGCUGAGGCUUGGGCCCGUUUGGAUCACAAGUUCGACUUGAUGUACGCCAAGCGUGCCUUCGUUCAUUGGUACGUGGGAGAGGGUAUGGAAGAGGGCGAAUUCUCCGAGGCUCGUGAGGACAUGGCCGCUUUGGAGAAGGACUACGAGGAAGUCGGUAUGGACUCCCUUGAGGGUGAAGGCGAAGAGGGCGAAGAAUAUUAAAUCUCAAUUCAAGACCAUCAUUCAUCCCCUUUUGAACAAACAAACAAACGAACGAAAACAUCGCGAUUUGUGUACAAAAAUUCGGUUGUGUCUUCUCCUUCAUUGACUUCUUUCGUCAUCCCCUUUUUUCCAUUAUUCAGGUCCUCCUUGUUCAACAAUAUUAUCAGUUUCACUAACAUCCACCCUAACAUUCCUCUCUACAGCAUUUAAAAGCCGCCUUCCAGAUGACCUUUGUUCAGUCAGUUCCACUUUCGCCUUCUUUUCGAACACAGUUAAUUUGAGUACAAUAAAUUAUUAACUAGCCCACCA